AUGAAUUUGAGAAUUGUUUCAUGGAAUGUGAGAGGGCUAAAUGAGCAGGAUAAGCGGCUUCGGGUUAGAAAUUUGAUUCGAAAUUGGAAAGCAGAUAUUGUUUGCCUGCAAGAAACUAAGAUGGAGUUAAUUAAUAAAGGUGUCAUUUGUAGUUUGUGGGGAGGUCAGCAUGUGGAUUGGCUCUACUUAGGCUCUGUGGGUGCUUCAGGUGGGGUUUUAUUGAUGUGGGACAACAGGGUUGUGGAUAAGGUGGAGGAAGCGGUGGGUCGUUUCUCUGUCUCUUGUAAAUUCAAAAAUGUGGUGGACCAUUUUGUUUGGGCUUUCACUGGUGUUUAUGGACCCAAUAGUGAUAAAGACAAAAGUUUCUUUUGGGAGGAGUUAUCUGGAGUAUGUAGUUGGUGGGAUGUGCCUUGGUGUGUGGGAGUUGAUUUUAAUGUGGUGUAG